AUGUUGAAGAAGACGAUUGUUUGUGUUUUAGUUAGUAAGAGAAAUGAUGUGUAUAUGGAGAUGUUAAAUAAGAGAAGAUUAGAAAAUACCCCGUUGAGUGAUAUCACUUUAGUUCCGGAAUCAAUUAAAAGUACACUUGGAAGGACACCAUUGUCGAACAUUACCAAUGGUACAAAUGAUUCAGUUCCUUUAUUAUGUAACUCAAAUGCAUUACUUGCUGCUCAUAGAAGAAAAAUGCGGAAGAUUUAUCUUGAUAAUAGGCGAACAAAGUCAAAUAAAAGAAGAAGUGCACCAAGUGGUAGAGGAUCCUCUAAAAUUGUUAACAACUCCCAGUUCAUCGACGAAGAAAAUUAUAAUCCGAAUCUUCCUUCUUCAUCUAAUAGUUUUCAGACAUUGCGUAACUUUACAUCUUUAACAACGACAACACCCUUAAGUGGCAUAACAACUGGUGUCACAAUUGUGACAUUCACAGGUGCUAUUACUUUUAAUAACCAAUUAACCCAUACGCCUAGCAGUUCUCAGUUUUCUAUUGUUUCAAACAUUGUUACACAAAACAGUAACAACAUUCUUCGAUCUUCGUCUACGUUGACUAAGCUUAAAUCUGGUAAACAAAAGGUUUUACCUAAGAAACGUAUCGAACCUAUUCCAAUGGUAGAUCUUACUUCUGAUGACGACAAUGAAAAUUUACAUUCCAUUGAAGACCCUUAUAAAGGUGUAUCCACAGAUUAUUUGGAUCAUGGUAAUCAAAUCCUUAGAUGCGAGAUGUGUCAUUCAUUAUUAUGGUCUGAUGAAGGUGGUAAAGGUAGAAUUACAUUGGGUAAGUUAACUUAUAGUUUAUGUUGUGGUUAUGGCAAAGUGGAGCUUCCAGAUUUGAAAGAACCUACUUCAGUAUACAAGGAUCUAUUUGGAAAUUCUAAUGAAAAAAGUAAGUACUUUUUAAAGAAUAUCCGUCGAUACAAUUCUAUGUUCUCCUUCACAUCAAUGGGUGGAAAGGUGGUUUGGUACCUACACCUGGGAAAGAUCCAAAGUUCUCCCAGCUUUAUAUUUACGAUACUGAUAAUGAAGUUUCAAAUCGGAAAAAGGUUGUUCAGUGAAUCUACAAAUAAGUCGGAUUCUCAUUUAAAGCAGUUAGAUAUUCAGCUCAUUAAGUUUUUAAAAGACUUCCUGGAUCAUAAUAAUGAGUUGGUUAAAAGUUAUAGAAUUGCAAGAAACCACUUCAAUGAGAAUCCUAAUGAAAAUUUCAAGCUUCGUCUCAUUUACAAAAGAGAUCUUGACGGUCGUACUUACAACUUGCCCUCAACUUCAGAAGUUGCUGCAUUGAUAGUUGGUGAUCUACAUAAAAUAAUUGAUUAUCGUGAUAUUGUUGUUGAGUCUCACACUGAAGGUCUUCAACGAAUCAGUGAACUUCAUCCAUCAUAUCUAGCACUUCAGUAUCCAAUCCUUUUUCCUAAUGGUGAUGAUGGAUAUAGAAUAGACAUUCCUCAUAGGGAUGGUAUACGUACGUUAAAGAAAAUUCGACCCAAGUGUACAAUGAGAGAAUUCUUUGCUUAUAGAAUUCAAGAUCGAUCAUCUGCCUUUUCUCUAAUUUUAAAUGCUCGGAGAUUGUUUCAACAAUUUUUGGUAGAUGCAUAUACCAUGAUUGAGAGUGAAAGGCUUAAUUAUAUUCGUUUUCAACAGAAACAUCUUAGGUCUGAAACAUAUUCAAAUCUUCAAAACUUGAAAAACGAAGGAAAAGAUGAUCUAUCAAAUACUGGUAUACGUUUUUUAUUACCAUCUUCUUUUACCGGUGGAUCUCGCUAUAUGCAACAAAACUAUUUAGAUGCUAUGGCUAUAUGUAAAUGGUUUGGAUAUCCCGAUUUUUUUAUUACCGUUACAUGUAAUCCGAAGUGGCCAGAGAUUAAACGUUACCUGAGAAAUACUUCAAUUAAACCUGAAGACAGGCCAGACAUUUUGUGUAGAUUGUUUAAAAUAAAGCUCGAUUCACUUACAAAGGAUCCGAAGGACAAAAAAAUAUUUGGAGAAUUAAGUGCAGCCGUUUAUACUGUGGAAUUUCAAAAACGUGGAUUGCCUCAUGCUCACAUUUGCAUUUUUUUGAAACCGGAAUCCAAAAUUUUGUCCGUUGAUCAUCUUGACAAAUUCAUUUCUGCUGAGAUACCUGAUAAGAGAGAAGAUCCAAGCCUAUAUGCACUUGUGACUGAUUUCAUGAUUCAUGGUCCAUGUGGAAAUGCAAAUCCGACUUGUCCUUGUAUGGUUGAUAGUAGAUGUUCAAAAAACUAUCCGAAAAAAUUCAACCCUAAGACCACCACUGAUGCUGACGGUUUCCCUGUAUAUAGAAGAAGAGACAAUGGAAACACUGUUAUAAAGUCCAACGUUCAAUUAGACAACGUAAGUGUUGUUCCUUAUAGUCCGGUUCUUUUGAAAAGAUACCAAGCUCACAUUAAUGUUGAAUGGUGCAAUCAAGCUGGUUCUAUUAAAUAUUUGUUCAAGUACAUUAAUAAAGGCGCAGAUAGAGCUUCUCUUGUAGUGUUAAACCGAGACGGUACAGAAAAUGAAAAAACAACAAAGGAUGAGAUCAAAGCGUAUUAUGAUUGUAGGUACGUUUCAGCAUGUGAAGCUUCUUGGAGGAUAUUUGCAAAUGAGGUUCACUUCAGGUUUCCUCCAGUUAUGAGACUUCCUUUUCAUCUUGAAGGUCAACAAAAUGUUGUAUUUGGAGCCGAGGACGAUAUACAAGAAGUUUUGGAUAAGCCAUCAGUUUCUUCUUCGAUUUUUCUAAAGUGGUUUGAGAUGAACAGAAAUAAUGAAGAUGCACGGAAACUUACCUAUGUUGAGUUUCCUACUAAAUUCUGUUGGAAGUUAACAGAUAGAGUAUGGAAACCCCGUAAAAGAAAGCUGUUACAGAUCGGACGGAUUCAUUCUGUUUCCCCUGCUGUGGGUGAACCGUAUUUUCUUAGAAUUCUCCUAAACAAAGUCAAAGGACCCAAAUCGUUUGAAGAGAUUAGAACUGUUGAUGGUCAGGUGUUUCCAACUUUCAGGGACGCGUGUUAUGCUAUGGGUUUGUUAGAUGAUGACAUGGAGUACAUUGAAGCAAUUAAGGAAGCCAAUUUUGCGGGUGAUGGUCGUUAUACUCGUGCACUUUUUGUUACUUUGUUGUUGUCAAACACAUUGUCAAGACCUGAAUAUGUAUUUGAACAAACAUGGAAAUUAUUGGGCGAUGACAUCUUAUACAAUAGAAGAAGAUCAACAAAAAACAAAGAACUUGUAAUGUCUGAUGAGAGGUUGAAGAAUCAGACAUUGGUUGAGAUUGAAAAGUACCUGAUUCGAAAUGGUUCCUCUUUGACACGAUGGCCGACAAUUCCUUAUCCUGAUUACGAUUCCUUUGCUGUUGGAAACAAUCGUUUGGUUGACGAAGAAUUAUCUUUUGAUAUUCCGCAGCUUCAGAGUGAGUUACAUACUCUUAAAUCUUCAUUGACUGACGAACAACUGUCCAUUUAUAAUCAAAUUAUGACAGCAGUUGAAGAUGGAAAAGGAGGUGUAUUUUUUGUAUAUGGAUAUGGUGGAACAGGUAAGACAUUUCUCUGGAAGACUUUAGCUUUAUCCGUUAGGUCUAGAGAACAGAUCAUACUAAAUGUUGCUUCGAGUGGUAUUGCUUCUUUGCUAAUGUCAAGAGGUAGAACGGCACAUUCUAGAUUUCACAUUCCCAUAAAUUUAGAUGAGAGUUCCAUGUGUCACAUAAGGGCUGAUGGUGAUGUAGCCUACUUGCUUAAGCAUACUAGGUUAAUUAUAUGGGAUGAAGCACCCAUGGUACAUAGGCAUGUGUUUGAAGCUUUAGACCGAACAUUUAAAGAUGUUUUGGUUGACAAAAGCAAUUCUCAAUCGGAUGUUUUAUUUGGAGGUAAAGUAAUUGUGUUUGGUGGUGAUUUUAGGCAAAUUCUUCCUGUUAUUCCAAACGGAAGUAGGCAAGAAAUUGUUAAUGCUUCGUUGAGUUCAUCUUAUAUAUGGUCCCACUGUAAAUUACUUACCUUAACAAAAAACAUGAGGUUGACUAUCUGUAACAACUCUCAUUAA